AUGAGCAAAGGCCUAGAUAUCGAAGCAUCUGAAAAUGAGGAGACGUUGAUGACAUCAUCUCGUUAUGGUAACCUGCCGUCCAUCAUGAACGUACACGCCCAGUGGACAAAGUGGAAGUCCAUGAAUCUUUGCGGCAUGGACGCCAAAGAUCGUCUGUGUUUGAUUGAGAUGCAAUCCGGAUACAGCGGGAGAGCUCCGCUUGGGAUGAGGACCGGGUUUCUCCUGCGCGACGGAAUGAGCAUCAACGACCCACUUCUUGCUGCUGCUGGCGACGAGUCGCGCGGCCUCCAUGCGUUCAAUCCCGACGGUAUCGUCUUUCUACCACCUCUUGAUCCUCAUUCCAAGUCCGAUGCCAUGGAUACUGAGCUGAUCCGCGCUAAGACCGGGACCAACAAUGACAUCGCCUUCCAUUUUUCUAUUGAGGUCGGCGAGGCGGAAAAGCGAGAGGAUUUUGUUUGGAGAAAGGUCAAGAAAGGGGAUGGACAGGGUAGAAAGAAUGGCUUCAAGCUUGUUCAGAUUUCGGUCAACCAACAAUCAUCGUCGUCCUCGCCUGAAGAUGGCGAUACCGUGGCUUUCCUUGAAUGGGUUGUCACAUGGCCUAGUCUGACGCAUGCGUUCACACUUGAGCUUGUGAGAGGUCGAUCGGAAGAAUUUGGCAGGCGCUGGGCUCUAAUGGUGACUGUCACUGCGAUGAGGCUCUAUACUCUGCAUGUGAAGGGCAAAACAAGUAAAACUAUGGUUGAUAUGGGAAAGAGACCAUCGGAAAGUUGA